AUGGUAAGAAGACUGGAUGAAAAGAAAGAGGGAGGAAUUCCAAGUGAUCACACAGACACAAUUUGCAACGCAGAUAACGAGGGCAAAGUAUAUGAUGAUGAAAUGAUUUGGAAAAUCGUCCAAACAGCAUCGACGAUAUUAGAAACGUCAGUGGAUGAUCUUUUGGAUGCGUUCGGAGUAAUGUUUGUUAAUGUUUGUUUCAAAGAUCAUCAUAAAAUGUUGACUUCGCUUGGAGAUUCACUGUACAGCUUCCUGAAUAACUUGGAUCAUAUGCAUCAAGUAUUUAAAGAUGCGAAGAAAUUUGAUGGUAUGAAGGCACCGUCAUUCACAUGUGAAGCAAAAGAUAGCCGAACAUUAAUAGUUCAUUACCACUCCGUACGAAGAAACUUGGAUAAAUUUGUUUGUGGAGCUUUGCGACAAUGUGCCAAAGUAAUAUGUAAUGCCACUGUAGUUGUCACCGUAUUGAAGGAAUUUGAUCCAAUAACCAGAUGUGUGUCAUUCAAGAUAGAAAGUUUGGACUUGUCUUUGACAGGAAACACAAUGAACAAACGAAAUCUAUCAAAAAACGCCAAAGAUCUUUCUCUUGGAAUGAGAAGAUUCUGUAAAGCAAUACCAUUUCAUAUUAUUUUUGAUAAAAACUUUGAGAUUAUUCAAAUGGGAAGUGCUCUCGUGCGGUUCUUAACUGGGACAUUUUUGAAUAGUAACAGAUAUUUGAACGACUACUUCACGUUAAUUAGGCCAGAGAUAGAAUGGAGUUUUCGUUCUAUUAAAACACAUUGCAAUUUAUCAUUUCUUCUUCAUUUGAAUAGCUUUAUUUCAGAAGAAAUUAAGCGUGCAAUAAAUCUCACUGGGCAAAUGAUUUAUAUGCCAGAGUCGGAUUGCAUUCUUUAUAUUGGAUCACCUGUCGUUGAAAACCUUGAUGACUUAAGACGACAAGGAUUAUAUAUUAGUGAUAUUCCAAUUCAUGAUGCAACUAGGGAUCUUAUUUUGGUUAGUGAGCAAUCAAAAGCGCAGGGUGGACUAAAGAAACGACUCCAAUCUCUUAAAGCAAAAGUGCAAGAAACGUCUGCUGAACUUGAACACGAGAAAAAGAAAACAGAGGACUUGUUGGAGGCAAUAUUUCCAAAAGAGAUAGCAAAACAGUUAAUUCAUAAAAAGCCAGUUAAUGCACAAACUAUAGAAAGUGUGACAAUGUUGUUCAGUGACCUUGUCGGUUUUACUGCAAUUUGUGGAAAGUGUGCUCCAAUGGACGUUGUUAAUAUGUUGAGUGAACUCUACACAAACUUUGACACAAAAUGCACCGAACUUGAACUGUACAAGGUUGAAACUAUUGGUGAUGCAUAUGUUGUAGCUGGAGGAUUGGACACCAGUAUGAAGGACCAUCCUUAUAGAAUAGCAUUAAUGGCAUUAUCAAUGAUGGAUUCAGCUGCUGGAGUACUCUCUCCUGAAAAGGUGCCUCUACGCAUGCGUAUUGGUAUUCACACUGGUUCAGUUGUCGCAGGAGUUGUUGGUUUAAAAAUGCCCAGAUACUGUUUGUUUGGUAACAACGUCACAUUAGCCAAUAAAAUGGAGUCAAGAAGUGAAGAGGGGAAAAUAAACAUCAGCCCUGAAACACAUAAACAUUUGAAGACAUGCCAAGAGUUUUUAUUUGAAACUCGUGAACAAAACGCGCUACCAGAAGCUUAUCCGAAAAAAGAUGACGAAACCUGCUAUUUUCUUUUAAAGAAAUCUACCACUAAAUGCAAAAGAAAACUGAUGGUCACGAUAAAAGUUGAAGAAACAACAGAAAUUUGAUAGCGUCCACAAAGAAAAGAUAGUUAACAUAGAUAAGGAGAAAUAACUAUAUUUUUAAACCCCAUUAUGAAGAUUAUUAACCUACAAGGUAUCGGCAAUAUGAUAUGACUUAUCGUUAAUUAUAUUGGUCAAAGCUAUCAGUGUAAAUAAUGGUGGCUUCUAUAGAACAUGUUGAAUACAUUGUGGUGUUAAUUGACAAAGCUUUAAACCCAGUGAGUAUGGUGUUUGAGUAGUAGAAAUUAGCGUCAUUAGAUAAUACAACAUAAUAUUUAGUGGGAAAAAACAUAAUUUAUUGGCCAUAAUUAAACACAGAGAUGUUAUAUAGUAUUAAAUAACACACAUAUAUGCUCAUUUCAUGGAAAAAUAGAUCAAUUCAUAAAUUCA